AAAAUGUCUAAUUUUGUUUUAUAUAUAGAGUUUGGUUAUCAUUAUAGUGUCUGUGAUAUAAUUCAUCAAAAUGAUUAAGUUACAUUGGUCACCUUUAUGUUUCUCAGUUACAAAUAGGGCAAUAUACAUGCUUACACACAUACAUUCUAUAUUGAUAAAUUGUGAUUGGAUAACUUGUGAUGUUAAAUCGAUGAACAACUAUAUUAUUGAAUUUUUAAUACUAUGGUGUGGAUGAAUACCUCAAAACGAACUAAUUUUUCAGUUUUAUACCUAUCUAUGUAAUAAAAAUGCAGAGUAAAUCGUCAUCAUUACAAUCAGAGCAUCUUUCUGGUACUCGCCAUCAACAUCGUAAUCAUUACAUACAUCAUAAACAUGGAGAACACUUUGUUAGAUUACCGUAUUACAUUUUAUUAGUAGCGUUAUUCUUAUCUUUAUACUUUCUAGCAACAUCUCUUAUCAUGGAUGAUAAUUUAUUUGCAAAAAAUCAAUCAGCUAAAGACUUAGCUCAACAAAUAUUCAAUAUACUUGCAAUAGGAACAAUUCUAAUUGCAAUGAUAAUUGAUGUGAUACAAUUUUUCAUAAUUAAUAAAUAUCAAAAAUUAUGUACAAAAUGUUUAUUUGGUCUCAUAAUUCUAAGUUUUAUUUUAGCAAUGACUGCAGCAACAUUGGCUAAUAUUAAUUCUCAGUUUUAUGGAACCAGAAAAAUACCUCAUCCAUCAACAUGUUUAUUAGCUGGAAGUGCAAUUACUUUCCUAACAUUUUUAAUUGCAAUUGUUCCUUGUCUUGAACGACAAUUAAAUUAAUUACAAUUAUUAAAAUUGAUGAUUAAUUUUACAUAAAAAAACAGAAGCAGAUUUUAUUUUCUACACUAAACCACCAUACAUUCAAAAAAUAUAAAUGAUUU